CAUGGGUUCAACCAUUGGCUGAGCGGGUGUUGUGAGCGCUCUAUCCGUGCAUUCGAUUGGUUCUCACAUUUGCCUCUCAUUUAAACGUUACGUGAACUCAGAAAUAGUGAGCAUUUGAGACACAAUAGACUCAAUCGACUCAUCCAUCCAUUCGUGUUGUCAUUGUCUCACACCUGCCAUUGGAUCCCAUUUUGUCACUCAUCUGAUCCCAUCUGUCAUCGAGUCUGCGGCCAAACGAUGGACUUGAAGAGUGAUGCGAUGGAGGGCACAGCCAAACAAGCGGUCGGCCAAAGUGGAGGAAGUGGUGCGAAGAGGUGGACACUGUCUGACUUCGAGAUCGGUCGCCCACUAGGGAAAGGCAAGUUCGGGAACGUCUAUCUCGCGCGCGAGAGGUCCAGCAAAUACAUAGUGGCCCUCAAAGUGAUGUUCAAAUCACAACUCAUUAAAAACAACGUUCAGCACCAACUGAGACGCGAGAUCGAGAUCCAGGCACACCUCAGACACCCCAAUAUACUCCGCCUCUACGGCUACUUCUACGACGAGACCCGAGUCUACCUGAUCCUGGAGUUCGCACCGAGAGGUGAACUCUACAAAGUGCUCCGCAAAGCCAACCAUUUCGAUGACAAACAGUCGGCCAAUUAUAUCCUGCAGAUGAUUGACGCCCUCGAGUGCUGUCACUCGCGGAAAGUGAUCCACAGAGACAUAAAGCCGGAGAACAUACUUCUCGGUUACAACGAGGAGCUGAAGAUCGCGGACUUCGGGUGGUCAGUGCACGCGCCCUCCUCACGACGGGCCACCAUGUGCGGCACUCUCGACUACUUGCCCCCCGAAAUGGUGUUGCAUAAGCCGUACGACUCGACGGUCGACUUGUGGUGCUUAGGAGUGCUGACGUAUGAGUUCCUGGUGGGAAAGCCUCCCUUCGAGAACGACGACACCAAACAGACCUACAGUCGUAUCGUUGAAGUGAAGUAUACAUUCCCGGACCACGUCUCACAACUGGCCCGCGAUUUCGUACAACGGCUCUUGCAGAAGAAGCCAUCGGACAGAAUGUCUCUGAAGGACGCGAAGACCCACUUAUGGAUCACUACUUUCACCAAAAGUAAAUCAAACAAUGAGAACGAGUGCUCAAUAAAUAACAACAAAUAGUAGCCGUC